AUGUGUCUUGUGGAUGGUACUGGCUUACAAUCUUCCCUUGAGAUCCAUAAGGCUGCUAUUGAUUAUUUCCAAAAAUUUUUGGGCGAUAGUCGCAGAAUCGAUUUACCUGAUUUGAGUGAUUUUGUCUCUCCUGUGAUUGAUGCUGGUGAAAAUUCUUCUCUUUGUCAGGAUCCCUCGAUGGAGGAGAUUAAAAAUGCUCUCUUCAGUAUCCCUAUUGAUAGUGGUCUUGGUCUUGAUAGUUUUGGUUCUGAUUUUUAUCGUGUUUGUUGGGACUUUAUUAAGGAUGAUUUAUUGGAAGCUGUUAUUGAGUUUUUUCAUACUAAAUCUUUUCCUAGGUUUUACAUGACUUCAUAUAUUGUUCUCAUUCCUAAGGUGGAUAAGCCUUCUGGUUUUGAUAAAUUUCGGCCCAUCAGUCUCUGCUCGGUUAUUUAUAAGGUCUACUCCAAAAUUCUUGCGGCCCGCUUGACGAGUCUGCUUUCUAAAAUGAUUUCUUAG